AUGAGGGACCAAACGGACAGUGAAAACAACGCAAGUACUGAGGACAGUAUGGCUGAUCAAGGAGAUGUCUCUGAUGGAGAUUCCAGUGAAGAGAACAGUCGUGCUGAGUCUGAGAAAAAGACAGCUGUGGCUCUGAAGGAACUAAAAGUUUGCGUGACUGACAUCAGCCUGGUGCACCCUGAUGUGGUUACCAACACACCCUCUGGGAAAAGAGGGCGUGGACGGCCCAAAGGAGAUCUAAAUGGUGUUUCAGCCAAAAGGCUCAGAGGACAUCCCAAAAGUGCAGCGUUUUCUUAUGAAGACUCCUUUGAAGAUGACAGUGACAGUGAUGAAAGUGUUUCUCCCCCAAAAAAGAGGGGAAGACCAAAGGGAUCCUUCAAGAAGCCCAAACCGGAUUCUGAAAUGAAAAGUGACAAUGAAGGUGCAGCUAAAAGAGGCAGAGGGAGACCAAAGAAAGGUCCUGUAAAAGGAAAACGAGGAAGGCCUAAAAAGAAUAUUCCAGCGGGAGCAAAGAGAGAAGUCACAGAUGGAACAAAGUCCUCGCAUAAAAGGCCAGGUCGACCAAAGGGCUCUCGAAACAAACCUGUGGUCACUGUUCAAGUGGAAAGCACCAGCGGUCGCCCCUCGCGAGUUCAUAUUCCACCUGACAAACUUCACAUUUCACUUCCCAGAAAAUACCCAGGUAAACGUGGUCGGCCAAAGAAAAACCAGCGAGGUCGACCAAGAAAGAGGCCUCUACCCCCAGAAGAGGAGCUGUACCUGCCACGAGUGUGGAAGGCUCUGGGGCGAUCGCGAAAGUAUCCAAGAGAAGAAGGAUCCGAGCAAGAGCCUGGCCCCGAGACCCCACGCAGGGGCCGCGGGAGACCUCGCAAGUCCGAGAAGAUUGCUCAUUUGAAAAAGCUUGACAGCAACGGGUUUCCAAGAAAACCAGGACGUCCUCCUAAAGUAGAAAAAGAACAGGACGGUCCCCGGAGGAAGAGGGGGCGUCCCAAAGGCUCAGUCAAAAACAAAGCCCUUGAUGAUUCUGAAAACGGUUCUGAUCUCAGCCCUGAGUCUGUUCCCUCUGAAGUGCCGUGUCCCCCCGAGGAGCUGUCUCCUCUUGAAGACAGCUUCUCAAGCACCAAGGACGACUUAUCCGCUCUGAGCUUCACAAAAAAGAAUCAAGUGUUUUUAAAGUUACGGUCUUCCAGAGAGACAUGUGACGCAGACACAGAUGCUUCACUGGAUGACCGCAGAAGCAGUUCUUUUAAAUCAAACAUGUCAGACCCUAAGCCCGAGGAUGCUAGGACUGUGCCUGUCGCGGAGCCUCAGGUUGAAAGAAAAGAAAAGUUGUUAGGCACAAAACCAAUCGACGACGUUGAGAAGGACUUCACGGAUCACUCUAAAGAAGAAGAAGAAGAAGAAACAAGUGUCCGUGCCGCUGUGGAGCCCUGCACUCUGCCGUGGCCCGGAGACCGAAAACCACAAACGGAUCCAGACGACGGAAUCUGGUCCGAGAAAUGCACCUCUGAGCCUGAAGACAGAGACACCGGCAUCAGUGGAGGAAGCCAGGACAUUUCUGAUAAACAGAGUCAAGGAGAAGAGGAGGUGGUGAACAAGGCCAAAUGGAGAGAGAGCAUGCCCGAAGGAGAACGGUGGAGGAGCGACGAGAUCCAACGCAGCAGCGACAAAGGCGGAGGCUCCCUGGCUGAUGAUGAGGAGGAGGAGGAUGAGGAGGAUGAGGAGGAGCAGCGCUGGAGGGCGGAGAAGGGGACGCCCGGAUUCUCACCUCAGGUCACCAUCGUGCGCAUGUCCAGUAAAGACCUUCAGGAGGAAGAGGAGGAGCAGAGGCCACUGUUCCAGGAGGGAUACACGGAGGACUACAACGACCAGAACUCUGUGCAGUACCACGAGUGGCCACAGCACGACGAAAAGAUCUACCUGUGCGAGGACCCGUGUGGAGAGCGUCUGAAGCUGGGCCUGUCGGUGGCGGCCGGAGCGCUGCUGUUCCCUCUCCUGCUGUGGGGCGGGUUCGAGCUGCUGCCGUUCGACUCUCCGCCGCUCGAGAGCGCCCCCCUCAGGGUGGUCUACACUCUGCGCUGCUCCAUGUUUGCCAUGAUUCCCAUCAUUCUGGGCGUGCUGGUGCAGGGUGUGGCGCGGCUUCGGUACGGCUCGCUCCGCCCGCUGUACGAGGGCCGCCAGGAGAGCCGACAGGUGGCGGUCCACGUUCACUUCGUCAACGAGUCUGUGGGGCUCUUCCUCUUCUACUUCCUGCAGCUCGCCGUCAUGGCAACCUACGUGAGCCAAAGCCUGGUCAAACUGGUGCCGCUGCUCACCAUCAUCUUUGCUUUUGGAAGGCUGAUCUAUUGGCUGUGUCUGUCCCUGCGCAGUAGCAUCCGUGGCUUCGGCUUCAGUUUCUCGUUUGCCCCGGUGCUGCUGAUGCUGGGCUUCAACCUGUACUACGUGUGCUCGUCCAUGGGCCAGAGCGCCGUGUUCAACGUGGAGCCGCCGCAGACUCAGGCCCCGCCCACUCAGCGCUGGUGGUUAGGCUGA